CGGCAAAUUGUUACUUUGCAGCCGGCGCCUUUCAUUCAUAAGGGGGUCGAGCGACGCUGGGUCGGGGUCCGUCUCACGCGCUUUGGACGCGGCUGUAGGGUAUUACAAGGCUCCGCUCCGGGCUACAUCUGGCAGCCGGCUCCUGGGAAGGCGUUUCAAGGUUCGUUCCGUGGCUCGUUGCAGUCGUCAGCCCUCAGGAUGAAGAGGAACUUGGUCUGCUGGGCGCUCGUCGUCUUCCUCGCCCUGCUGAGCCGGCCCCGGGCCUGGGCGCUGGUGUGCGGGGAGCAGGAGUACUGGACCGUGGAGCGGGACUGUGCCCCCUGUGUGGAGUGUCCCCCUGGGGAGGAGCCCGAUAGGAAAUGCGGCUCUGGGCAAGGCCUAGGUGUGACCUGUCGAGCCUGCCCUCCGGGCACCUUCUCAGCCAGCAACGGCACGGCACCCUGCUUGCCUCAGACCCCCUGUGAGGCCAGGAAGAGGGUACACACCAGCCCCGGGACAGCUGCAGCAGACAGCCAGUGUGGAGGCUGCAUGCCAGGGUUUUACAGCCCUGAAGGAGAGACAGACCCAACAGCUGAAUGCCUGCUGUGCUCCUCUGCUCCCAAAGGCGUGCCGGGCUGCCCAGGCGCGAAGCAGUGGCUGACCCGGCUGGCGAGGAACGUCGAGGCCCUGCACAGACGGGACGAGAGGGCGGCGCCCAAUGGCACCCGGGACGGGAAGCGGGAGGAAAACGCCACGCAGUACGCCGUGCUGGCCAUUGUGCCGGUCUUCUGCGUCAUGGGGCUCCUGGGCAUCCUCUUCUGCAACCUGCUGAAGAAAAAAGGCUACCACUGCACGGCCCACAAGGAGAGCGAGGAGGAGGUGGCAAAGGCAGAGAGAGGCGGUAGUAACUCAGCGUACAGAAUAGACGAUGCCAACCAAGAUACCAUCGGGGUCCUCGUGCAGCUGAUCACGGAGAAGAAAGAGAACGCUGCGGCCCUGGAGGAGCUGCUGAAGGAGUACCAUAGCAAGCAGCUGGUGCAGACCACCCACAAGCCUGCUAACAGCAGGCUGCACUUCCUACCGCACAUCCCCCACAUCUGCCGGCACCAGCAUCACCUGCACACGGUGCAGGGCCUGGCCACUCGCUCUGGCCCCAGCUGCACCCGCUGCUGCCAGAAGAAGUGGCCGGAGGUGCUGCUCUCUCCAGAAGCCGCGGCCGCCACUGCCGCGGCCUCCAUCAUCCCCAGUCCUGCCAGCGUCGCCCCCAAGCCGGCCAAGCCGGGCGGCAAGGCCAGCCGGCCGGGAGAGAUCACCAUCCUCUCCGUGGGCAGGUUCCGAGUGGCUCGCAUCCCCGAGCAGAAGCCCAACCCUCCAGAAGUGAAAACCAUCUCGGAGUGCAGUGGGGCUGAGCCGGCCGACUCCCCCCGCAGCGGCCUCCCCGCCGAGCAGAAACCCCUGGUGGGCACCGGAGCCAGGUCGAAAUGGCUGAAAACGGCCGACAGCCAACAAGAGGUGAUCAUCUGACUCCCUCGUGCACCAGGAGACCUGAGAAGCGGCUCACUUGGAGGCUUCUGGUUGAACAGUCCACCCACAAAACGCACACCCUGGGCGCUGCUGAAGGCGAAGCGUGACACUCAUUUUCCCCUCGGGAGAGCUCCACCACCCCGGAGAAUGGCAAGGCGCAGCCCUGGGUACCAGGGCCCGGGCCGGCAGGGAGGAGCCAAAGGACACGCCCAGCAUCCCAAAGCAUUUUUCUUUUGGGGAAGGACUUGGGGGGAGGGGAAGGGGGCUCGGGGUGCUGGAACAAUUCGUAUAGUGGAGGGUGUCAGAGCCAUUGAACCAAACUGUAAACCUCACUUCAGACCAGGGGGCACGGCAGCACCCCUAGUUCUAGCACCUAUGGGUGGGAUGGGGGAUACUUAGCUGCCCAACUGGAAAAACCAUGCUACCUUCUUUAGAUCAUAGGGGCUGUUGCUCCAGCAGAGAGCAGUGUUCUUAAACUCGGGCCUAGGGGAGAGAGAGAGAGAGAGAGAGGCAGCUUGUUGUUGGACUGGAGCAUGUUCCUACCUCCCAGGGGCUCCAGGGUGAGGGGGAACGGAGCAUUGCAGUGUACCGGUCUGGGGCUGGCGGUUAGUCAUGGGGAUGGCGAGUUUGGCUUUCUCUUUCCCCCUUCACGAACGAAGGGAAACCCAGGGGGACUUGCAGUGAAACUCUCUGGCUGGAGUCAGCCCAGCCUAAUGUGACCAAAGCCCUGUCUACUUUCAUGUCCCCGUGGUGAUUGCAUUGGGCCAGUAACGGCACAGCUCUCGCAGUGUAAUUUUAUCAUCUCUUGCCACAUCUGGUGUUUUUCUUAAAGCCCCAGCUCCUGGAUCCAUGUGAUUGGAAGACACUCUCAGCUUUCAUUAAUCCCCCUUGCUCACCCUGCCCUAAAUUUCUAGCUCUCAUGGUUGCAGGGAAAAGCUUGAAAAUAUGACCCCCAUGAUUCAGAAACCAGAAACGACAUAAAAUGAACCCAAAUUUUAGGCUCCCCCACCCCCAAAAUCAUAAUUUUUAAGCCCCUCUCGUGAUUUUUUGAAUGCGUGCAGUUGGCCAUGGUGCUCCCAUCUCCCCCUAAGAGGGCGAGUGGCGUUGUAGUUGUUAAUGGUGCUUUCAAGAGACGCACAAAAGUUGCAGGGGAGGAAUCCAAACAAGGCACGUUUCCUCCGUUGUUCCUGCCUGCGAGGGAAGCAGGGACCAUGCUCCACUGAGCUGAGCGGUGCCUAACCCUGCCUCAGACAGACGGUCUGUAUUUUUGUUUGUGUGGGGUCGGCUUGUCAAGCAGGAAGCUGCACUUACUGGUUCAGAAGCUCAGGGAUUCUCUGCUUUGGUGGUUAAUUUUGGAUCUUUGCCGUUAGCGGGAAGAGCUCUGUGGCUGGGUUGUGACAGGAUGGUCAGUGUCUGGGGCUGGGUUCUGCCUGCUGCCCAGCGCUAAGGGGCCGCCCCGGCUUACUCGAGUCAGUGGCUGGUUUUGUGUUUGCUGCCGUGGUGGAAGCUGAUUCAGGCCUCAGCCAGGUCCCUGCUCUGGAUGCUAACACUGUACAUGAGGCUGUGGGGAAUUCCUCCCCCUCCCCUUCAAACUCUCAGCUCAGGGUUACUUUCCAGUGAAGUAUUUUUCUUAGAGCCUCGUCCGUGUCAUGGGAGAGCAGUGGCUCCCUCAGUUGAGGACAAUGUUCUGCUGGGGGCAGUUACCCCUCUAAAGAAGGGAAAUCGUUGCUGUUAAGAAUGACUGCCCCGAUUUAAAGAAACUUAAUGGUGAUUGAGAGAGAGUAGGGCUUGCAGGCUCCCCCCUGGUGUCCAUGAAAGGGCUGGCCAUUCUGCCUACGCCGCCCUAGGGCAAUCCACCACCCCCUUUAGAAAAAGGGAUGGGUGAGUUUUCCCAGCCAGCCCUUUAGUGGCGUCCAUCCUUGUCCACUGGACGGGGAUUUCACCCACUUGUUCUGAUGGCCUGGGGUCAACAGGCAGUCAGAUUAAUGAGCCGUCUGGCUUUAGCAUCUGUGAAGCCUCUUGACUCUCCUCAGGGCUCCCUGCCCAAGGGGCCUCCUGGCCACCGAGGACCCUGGGGCUAACCCCACUUGCUUUGUUCUCACACGGCGAUGGCUCCCCGCGUCGGAGAGGGCAUCAUGCAGGAUCUCCCAGGGGGCUGCUGCCUUUUCACUCCAUCUCACUUAGAUCCCAUUCAGAGCUCUCCUCUAUGACCGGGCAUUAUUGCAGGGCCCAUCCUGUGAGCAAUGACUAAUGCUCACUUGGGGGCAGUUACCCAGCAAACCCGCCCUGGGAUCACAAACUCCAACAGCAUCUUCCAGCCCUGGCCCUGAUCACACGGCAGCAUCGCUGCCAGGCGUGCGGCACGUUGGCCCAUCACUCUAGCAAAGUGCAGUGUUGCAUUAGCAAGACCGGCCCAUAAUUCUCAGCAGGUCAGAAACUCCAGGACUGAGACCUUCAAAAACGAGGCGGGGGAGCCCCUCUGGCUUUCCAGUGAUAAUCGAUCAGGUAACCGAGGCCCAUGAGCCGCCUCCUCUCGGGUGGGGGGAAGCUUAGGUAUGCAUGUUGCAGCGCUACUGUCAUGUGCUAGACAUGAUGUAAGAUCUGGGGCCAGCAGCUCUGUCCUAGCCCAGCAUGUGGCCCCUGGGCUGGCAUCCCUUGCCCAGCCCUCCUGGGGUGUUAUCCCAUUGUUUACAGUAGGGUUAGUUCUAUUAUGUAUUGUCAGUCACUCCGUUGAUCUGUUUUGUACAUCACAUGUUCUGUUAUUUAUGAGGGCGGUGCGGGGACCUGCUUUUUAAUCACGUUUGUACAGGCGCCCCUCCCUCCCCCCCCCUGCAGCUGGCAGCGUCCCCGGCGGGGCCCGUGCCUUUUAUUUAUUGAAGAUAAUGUGGUUUUGUAAAGCCAUCAUUUGUUUUUAGCCUCCUGGUUUAUUUCUGUAAGUCAAUAACUAAAUAAAUCCAAUGUCAAGUGAA